AUGUCUUCCCUGACGCACGAUGACUACACGAUCGCGUGGAUAUGUGCCUUGCCGCUGGAGGUUGCGGCCGCUCGCGUCAUGCUGAACAAAACCCACAAUUCCUUGCCUAACCCCCCCUCCGAUCCGAAUGCCUACAUGCUUGGCGAACUAAACGGCCAUUAUAUAGUCAUUGCCUGCCUGCCGGAUGGCGUGUAUGGAACAGUCUCUGCCGCGGCUGUGGUAUCUCGCAUGCGCCCAACGUUUCCGCGGCUUCAAUAUGCACUAAUGGUGGGAAUCGGAGGCGGAGUUCCAAAUACAGACAACGAUAUCCGACUAGGCGAUGUAGUGGUCAGCAAACCGAUUGGAAUGUACAGUGGGGUGAUUCAGUAUGAUUAUGGCAAGGCAGUUCAAGGCGGGAUAUUUGAGCCAACUGGAACCUUAAACAAACCACCACCGACGCUCCUAAUGCACAUGAGUCAACUGGAGGCAAAACAAAUGAUCGAGGGCAGGGAUUCGGUAUCAAAAAUUGUAUGGGAUGCUCUGGAGCGAAAUCCCCACAUGACUGAAAGAUUCUCGCCCCCGGAGCAUCACAUGGAUUUUCUGUUUCGUUCUGCUUAUCACCAUGUCAAGAAGGAAGAGGACUGCAAAAGGUGUGAUAAACAGCAAUUGGUCCAGCGACAAACCCGUGAUACUAAGGCACCUUCUAUCCACUAUGGAUUGAUUGCAUCCGGAGAUCAGGUGAUGAAGGACUCGGACACACGAGACCGUCUAGCUCAACAGCAUGGGAUACUCUGCUUUGAGAUGGAAGCUGCAGGCCUGAUGGAUGAGCUUCCGACAUUGGUGAUCCGAGGUAUUUGCGACUACUGCGACUCUCAUAAGCAGAAAGAGUGGCAGGGAUAUGCAGCAUUAACAGCCGCUGCCUUUGCCAGAUUAUUGAUGUCAGUCGUGCCCGUGUAUCGUACACAGUCCGGCUUGCUGAAACAGAAAGUUCGGCACUGGAUGGUCCCAUUCGCAAGAAAUCCAAAAUUCGUUGGUCGCCAGCAUGAAGUGAUGGAGCUGGAGAAACUAAUUGCAAUAGAAAAUGGGCCUGCACGGAUUGCGAUCACUGGUUUAGGGGGCGUGGGGAAGACACAGGUAGCCCUAGAGGUAGCAUACCGCAUACGAGAGCGAGACAAGGAGUGCUCAAUUUUCUGGGUCCCAUGUACCAGUUAUGCGAUGAUUGAGCAGACCUUCCAAGAUAUUAUCCAAUUUUCUGGCAUUUCAGAUGUGAAGCCGGGCGAGGCUAAAGAACAGAUCAAGACAUACCUCAGCUCCGAGCGUGCAGGCAGAUGGAUUCUGAUUUUCGAUAAUGCAGAUGAUGCUGAGAUGUGGUCAAUAGGUGACAACACGGAACCAGCCCUUGAGGAGUUUCUCCCCCAAAGUGAACAAGGCCGCAUUUUAUUCACUUCCCGCAAUCUGGAACUUGCAGUGGAUCUCACCUACUCGAAUAUCAUUGCCAUUCCAGACAUAGAUCAUCAAACUGCGAUACAAAUCCUGGAGAAGACAUUAGUGCAGAAGGAGCUACUCAAUGAUCAUACAAAGAUGAUUGCUCUUCUUGAACAACUAGCAAAUCUUCCCUUGGCGAUUGUGCAGGCGUCAGCAUACAUCAACAAAAAGCGGCUUAGUCUGUCUACAUACGCAAGACUAUUGAAGGAGACGGAGCAAGAUGCGGUUGAACUCCUUAGCGAAGACUUUAAGGAUCCAGGGCGUUAUAAGGAUAUUCAAAAUCCAAUUAUGACCACGUGGUUGAUAUCAUUUAAUCAAAUUCAGCAACAAGAUCAAUUGGCGGCGGAUUAUCUAUCUUUCAUGGCCUGUGUUGAUCCACGCAAGAUUCCCCAGUCUCUCCUUCCAUCGGAAGCUGCCAAAAAACCAACACUAGAUGCUUUAGGUUUGCUGAAUGCAUACUCCUUUAUUAGCAGUCAUGAUAUGGACAUAAGCAUGCACAGACUCGUGCACAUUGCGAUGCGAAACUGGCUCAGAAAGAAUGGGAUGCUUAGUAACUGGGUCUACAGGGUGGCAAAUCGAAUGCAAACAAUUUUUCCUGGUGAUCACUAUACCAAUCGAGGGUUAUGGCGAGAAUACCUUCCCCAUGCUCUGGCUGUUGUGAAUGGGAAGGAGUUCAAAGAGCUUCCGACAGAUCACAGUAAUUUUAUGGGUAGAAUUGCAGAUUGUCUUGCUAGUGAUGGGCGAUUUCAUGAAGCGGAGGUGUUAUACACUCAGCUGAUGCAAAUGAAACAGGAUAAAAAUGGCGCUGAGCAUCCCUCCACUCUGACCAGCAUGGCGGACCUGGCUUCAACCUACCAGAAUCAGGGACGAUGGAAUGAAGCGGAGCAGCUGAACGUGCAGGUCAUGAAGACAAGGAAGACAGUGCUAGGCUCUGAGCAUCCUGACACUCUGACCAGCAUGGGGAACCUGGCUUCAACCUACCAGGAUCAGGGACGAUGGAAUGAAGCGGAGCAGCUGGAGAUGCAGGUCAUGGAGACAUCCAAGACAGUAUUAGGUGCUGAGCAUCCUGAUACUCUGACCAGCAUAGCAAACCUAGCUUUAACCUACCAGAAUCAGGGACGAUGGAAUGAAGCGGAGCAGCUGAACGUACAGGUCAUAGAGACAUCCAAGACAGUGCUGGGUGCUGAGCAUCCCUCCACUCUGGCCAGCAUGGCGAACCUGGCUUCAACCUUUUGGAAUCAGGGACGAUGGAAUGAAGCGGAGCAGCUGGAGGUGCAGGUCAUGGAGACAUUCAAGACAGUGCUGGGUGCUGAGCAUCCUGACACUCUGACCAGCAUGGCGAACCUGGCUUCAACCUACCGGAAUCAGGGACGAUGGAAUGAAGCGGAGCAGCUGGAGGUGCAGGUCAUGGAGACAAGGAAGACAGUGCUGGGUGCUGAGCAUCCCUCUACUCUGACUAGCAUGGUGAACCUGGCUUCAACCUUUUGGAAUCAGGGACGAUGGAAUGAAGCGGAGCAGCUGAACGUGCAGGUCAUAGAGACAUUCAAGACAGUGCUGGGUGCUGAGCAUCCCUCCACUCUGACCAGCAUGGCGAACCUGGCUUCAACCUACCGGAAUCAGGGACGAUGGAAUGAAGCGGAGCAGCUGGAGAUGCAGGUCAUGGAGACAUUCAAGACAGUGCUGGGUGUUGAGCAUCCCUCCACUCUGGCCAGCAUGGCGAACCUGGCUUCAACCUUUUGGAAUCAGGGACGAUGGAAUGAAGCGG